CCUGACCGCUACUGCGGAGCCUCGUGAUAUGCGGAGCGUCGACUAGUUCUUUCGACUGCUCUCCAUUUCACUCAAUAUUUCACCCGUCGCCUUCCCUUUUACUUUGACCUCUACGUUACAACCAUCAGACGCGGGGAAUGAAGCAAUAUUCACAUCUUGCCGUUUGACAACUUUAUCCCAAGACUCAUUUUGUCCACCCUGUGUGUGUUUUUUCUUCUCUUCUCGUCGUACGGCGAUAAACGGUGACGACUUGAUGAGACAUCAAGAGGACCAGUGACUGCCCCUGUUCAUUUCUCUCCUGCUGCUGGCGGGGUGACUGGGUGUUGGGUGGAUAGGGUAGUGGGGCGUCAUGGCGGACGUGGACCCGGACACACUGCUGGAAUGGCUGCAGAUGGGACAGGGCGAUGAGCGGGAUAUGCAGCUUAUCGCCCUGGAGCAGCUCUGCAUGCUGUUGCUCAUGUCAGACAACGUCGACCGCUGCUUCGAAACGUGUCCUCCACGGACAUUUCUCCCAGCUCUGUGUAAGAUCUUCCUGGAUGAGAGCGCACCAGAUAACGUGCUGGAAGUGACAGCCAGGGCCAUCACCUACUACCUGGACGUUUCUGCUGAAUGCACCCGCAGGAUUGUGGGAGUAGAUGGAGCCAUCAAAGCCCUGUGUAACCGGCUAGUGGUGGUGGAGCUUAACAACAGGACCAGCAGAGAUCUGGCUGAACAAUGUGUAAAGGUUCUGGAGCUGAUCUGCACACGGGAAUCUGGAGCUGUAUUUGAAGCGGGUGGACUGAACUGUGUGUUGAGCUUCAUUAGGGACAGCGGUCAUCUUGUGCACAAAGACACAUUGCACUCUGCCAUGGCAGUAGUUUCUCGCCUCUGUAGUAAGAUGGAGCCACAGGACUCUUCCCUUGAGACAUGUGUGGAGUCCCUGUCUAGUCUGCUGAAACAUGAAGACCACCAGGUGUCUGAUGGAGCUCUGCGCUGCUUUGCUUCACUGGCGGACCGGUUUACACGGCGUGGAGUUGACCCAGCCCCAUUAGCUAAGCAUGGACUGACAGAAGAGCUGCUGUCCCGUAUGGCUGCGGCAGGAGGGACGGCAUCUGGACCCUCUUCCACCUGCAAGCCUGGCAGGACCUCUAGUGGAGCUACUCCAUCUGCUGCAGACUCUAAACUAAGCAACCAAGUGUCCACUAUUGUCAGUCUGCUCUCUACACUCUGCAGAGGCUCACCACUUGUCACACAUGAUCUCCUGCGCUCAGAGCUGCCUGACUCCAUGGAGAGUGCUUUGCAGGGGGAUGAGCGCUGCGUGCUGGACACCAUGCGGCUGGUGGACUUGCUGCUGGUGCUGCUCUUUGAGGGCCGCAAGGCUUUGCCCAAAUCCACAGCUGGUUCUACCGGCCGUAUCCCUGGUCUGCGGCGUCUUGACAGCUCCGGGGAACGUUCCCACCGACAGCUUAUUGACUGUAUACGCAGCAAAGACACUGAUGCUCUCAUUGAUGCCAUUGACACCGGUGCAUUUGAAGUGAAUUUCAUGGAUGAUGUAGGACAGACUCUCUUGAACUGGGCAUCUGCAUUUGGAACACAAGAGAUGGUGGAGUUCCUCUGUGAGAGAGGUGCUGAUGUCAAUAGAGGCCAGAGGUCAUCCUCUCUGCACUAUGCUGCCUGUUUUGGCAGGCCACAAGUAGCCAAGACUUUACUGCGCCAUGGGGCCAACCCUGACCUGAGAGACGAAGAUGGAAAAACUCCGUUAGACAAAGCUAGAGAAAGGGGACACAGUGAGGUUGUAGCAAUUCUCCAGUCACCUGGAGACUGGAUGUGCCCUGUCAACAAGGGGGAUGACAAGAAAAAGAAGGAUAUUAAUAAAGAAGAGGAAGAGGGCAGUGAGCCGAAAGGUGACCCUGAGAUGGCACCCAUCUACCUGAAAAGGCUGCUCCCAGUAUUUGCACAGACCUUUCAGCAAACCAUGCUGCCUUCAAUAAGGAAAGCCAGUUUAGCUCUGAUCAGAAAAAUGGUGCACUACAGUUCUGAAGUUCUUCUUAAGGAAGUGUGUGACUCUGAUGCUGGACACAACUUGCCCACUGUACUUGUGGAGAUCACUGCAACUGUCCUGGAUCAGGAGGAUGAUGAUGAUGGUCACCUGCUGGCACUUCAGAUCAUUAGGGAUCUAGUGGAUAAGGGAGGUGAUGUGUUUUUAGAUCAGCUGGCCAGACUGGGUGUCAUUAAUAAGGUGUCCACUCUGGCAGGACCCACGUCAGAUGAUGAAAAUGAAGAAGAGGCCAAGCCUGAGAAGGAUGAUGAACCACAAGAGGAUGCCAAAGAGAUCCAGCAGGGGAAGCCCUACCACUGGAGAGACUGGUCCAUCAUCAGAGGCAGGGACUGCCUUUAUAUCUGGAGUGACGCAGCUGCUUUGGAGCUCUCCAAUGGAAGCAAUGGUUGGUUCCGCUUCAUCCUGGAUGGUAAACUGGCCACCAUGUACUCCAGCGGAAGCCCAGAGGGUGGCUCUGAUAGUUCGGAGAGCAGAAGUGAGUUUCUGGAGAAGCUGCAGCGUGCCAGGAGUCAGGUCAAACCAGUGACAGCCAGCCAGCCCAUUCUGUCCACACAAGGUCCCACCAAACUCACUGUGGGCAACUGGUCUCUCACUUGUCUGAAAGAGGGUGAGAUUGCCAUCCAUAAUUCAGAUGGCCAGCAGGCCACCAUCCUCAAAGAGGACCUACCAGGCUUUGUGUUUGAGUCAAACCGAGGCACUAAGCACUCUUUCACGGCAGAAACCUCUCUAGGGUCUGAGUUUGUUACUGGCUGGACUGGUAAGCGAGGAAGAAAGCUUAAAUCCAAAUUGGAAAAAACUAAACAGAAGGUGAAAACCAUGGCCAGAGAUCUGUACGACGAUCACUUCAAGGCUGUGGAGAGUAUGCCGAGAGGGGUAGUGGUCACUUUGAGAAACAUUGCUACCCAGCUAGAGUCUGCUUGGGAGUUGCAUACUAACAGACAGUGUAUUGAAGGUGAAAACACAUGGCGAGACCUCAUGAAAACAGCUCUGGAGAAUUUAAUAGUCGUUCUCAAAGAUGAGAACACCAUUUCUCCAUAUGAAAUGUGCAGCAGUGGCCUCGUGCAAGCACUUUUUACUGUCCUCAGCAAUAGUGUGGAACUAGAUGUGAAACAUGAUUGUAAGCCUCUGAUGGAAAGAAUAAAUGUGUUCAAGACUGCGUUUACUGAAAAUGAAGAUGAUGAAAGCCGACCCGCAGUUGCCUUAAUCCGCAAACUGAUAGCAGUGUUGGAGUCAAUAGAGCGGCUACCUCUACACUUAUAUGAUACACCAGGCUCAACGUAUAAUUUACAGAUACUGACAAGGAGGUUACGCUUCCGCUUGGAGCGUGCUCCAGGUGAAACGGCCCUGAUUGAUCGUACUGGUAGAAUGCUAAAGAUGGAGCCGCUGGCCACUGUUGAGUCACUGGAGCAGUAUCUACUCAAGAUGGUGGCCAAGCAGUGGUAUGACUUUGACAGGUCCUCAUUCAUCUUUGUUAGGAAGCUCAGAGAGGGCCAGAGCUUCACCUUCAGGCACCAACAUGACUUUGACGAGAACGGAAUUGUGUACUGGAUUGGCACCAACGCGAAGACUGCGUAUGAAUGGGUGAACCCAGCUGCUUAUGGAUUAGUGGUGGUGACCUCUUCAGAGGGCAGAAACUUGCCUUAUGGCCGACUUGAAGACAUCCUGAGCCGAGACAGCUCAGCCCUCAACUGUCACACCAACGAUGAUAAAAACGCAUGGUUUGCCAUCGACCUUGGUUUAUGGGUCAUCCCUUCUGCGUACACACUUCGCCACGCUCGUGGAUACGGUCGGUCCGCCCUCCGUAAUUGGGUAUUUCAAGUGUCCAAAGAUGGCCAGAACUGGAUGACACUUUACACGCAUGUGGAUGACAGCUCUCUCAAUGAGCCAGGGUCGACAGCCACUUGGCCUCUGGAUCCAUCCAAGGAUGAGAAGCAGGGCUGGAGACACAUUCGUAUUAAACAGAUGGGGAAGAAUGCCAGCGGACAAACACACUACCUCUCCCUUUCUGGUCUAGAGAUCUAUGGCACUGUUACUGGUGUGUGUGAAGACCAGCUGGCCAAGGUUUGUUCUGCAUUGUCAGGUAAAGCAGUUAAGGAGGCAGAGGCCAACUUGAGACGACAGCGCCGUCUCUUUCGCUCUCAGGUGAUGAAGUACAUAGUUCCAGGGGCACGGGUGGUGCGUGGCAUUGACUGGAAGUGGAGGGACCAGGAUGGCAAUCCUGCUGGAGAGGGCACUGUGACCGGAGAGGCCCAUAAUGUUUGCUAUUUUGAAGUGCAACCUUUAUCCCUCCCCCCCAACUUAACAGGCUGGAUUGAUGUCACCUGGGAUGCCGGUGGCUCAAACUCGUAUCGUAUGGGUGCGGAAGGGAAGUUUGACCUCAAGCUUGCGCCAGGGUACGACCCUGAGUCAGCGCCGUCACCCAAACCUGUCUCAUCCACUGUUGCAGGCACACCGCAGUCCUGGAGCAGCCUGGUGAAAAAUAACUGCCCAGACAAGGGUGGCUCAUCCUCCACAGCGGGGGCCAGUUCCUCCAGCCGCAAGGGUAGUAGCAGUUCGGUGUGUAGCGUGGCCAGCAGCAGCGAUUUAAGCCUCAGUUCCACCCGAGUGGAGCGCAGGGUCGAGAGCCUGUUGGAGCAGGGAGUAAGCAUCGUCGGAGGGCCCCCGGGGGCGGAGGGCCAAGAACCAAUAGUUGUGCUUUCCUCUGCAGAAGCCGGCUCUGUUUCCAGCACCAGCACACUAACGGCGGACACGGGAAGCGAAGGCGGCGAACGUAAAACACCAGCACCCGAUGGCACUUCGCCCGCCAUCUCUAUGGGAAUCGUGAGCGUUAGCUCUCCUGACGUCAGCUCGGUUUCAGAGUCGUCUAGUAAGGACGCUGCAUCCCAGAGGCCCUUGUGCUCUGCCACCAGCGCGCGGCUCUCCGUCAGCUCACUAUUGGCAGCUGGAGCGCCCAUGAGCUCCAGUGCCAGUGUCCCCAACUUGUCCUCCCGCGAAGCCAGCUUGAUGGAGUCGUUCGUCCGCAGGGCGCCCAACAUGUCUCGCACCAAUGCCACCAACAACAUGAACCUGAGCCGAAGCAGCAGCGACAACAACACUAACACGCUGGGGCGCAAUGUCAUGAGCACUGCCACUUCUCCUCUUAUGGGUGCACAGAGCUUUCCUAACCUUACAACCACUGGUACCACCUCAACUGUUACAAUGUCCACCUCUAUAGUAACCAGCAGCAAUAAUGUAGCCACGGCAACUACAGGUUUGUCCGUCGGCCAGUUGCUCAGUAACACGCUGACGACCAGCCUGACCUCUACAUCUAGCGAGAGUGACACAGGUCAGGAGGCUGAGUUUUCACUCUAUGACUUCCUGGACAGUUGUCGGGCCAACACAUUGCUUGCCGAGUUAGAUGACGAGGAAGACUUGCCAGAGCCAGAUGAUGACGAUGAUGAGAAUGAGGAUGACAAUCAGGAAGAACAGGAGUAUGAGGAAGUUCUGGUACGGUCCAGGGUCAACCUUGGUUACCACGUUCAUAUUCAUAGGGAGGAAGAGGAGUAUGAAACCAAAGGGGGUCGGCGCAGGACAUGGGACGACGACUUUGUGCUAAAGAGACAGUUUUCUGCUUUAGUACCUGCAUUUGACCCUAGACCAGGCCGCACCAACGUCCAGCAAACUACUGACCUGGAUAUCCCUACACCAGGUACACCUCGCUCAGAGGUACAAGAGGAGGUGGAAUGCACUCCUUCACCCCGUCUGGCUCUCAUCCUGAAAGUAGCAGGGUUAGGGACUACACGAGAAGUAGAGCUACCUCUCACCAACUACAAGUCCACCAUUUUCUAUUAUGUCCAAAAGCUUCUCCAGCUCUCAUGCAAUGGUGCUAUUAAACCUGACAAGCUUAGACGCAUCUGGGAACCUACAUAUACGAUAAUGUACAGAGAAUUGAAGGACUCUGACAAAGAAAGAGAGAGUGGAAAGAUGGGUUGCUGGUCUGUAGAGCAUGUGGAACAGUACCUUGGCACAGAUGAAUUACCAAAGAAUGACUUGAUAACCUACAUGCAGAAGAAUGCAGACUCAACUUUCCUGCGCCACUGGAAAUUAACCGGCUCUAAUAAAAGUAUUAGGAAAAACAGAAAUUGUUCACAGCUCAUAGCUGCAUACAAGGACUUCUGUGAGCGUGGCUGCAGAUCUUCAGGCCUGGGUUCAGGGACUUUGUCCGCCACACAGAGCUGUGACAUCCUGAGUGCUGCACGUGAGCAGGCUCAGGCCAAGGCGGGCUCAGGCCAGAGUGCAUGCAGCGUAGAGGACGUACUGCAGCUCCUUCGCAUCCUCUUCACCAUCGGAGGAGAACCUUCAUCUGGCCGCACACUACAGGAAGAUGUGGAAGAGCUACAGUUCAAUGCAUCACCUGAGGAAUUCACCAGCAAAAAAAUUACAACCAAAAUCCUGCAGCAGAUCGAGGAGCCACUGGCCCUGGCUAGCGGGGCUCUCCCUGACUGGUGUGAGCAGUUAACCAGCAAGUGUCCUUUCCUCAUACCCUUUGAAACCCGGCAGCUUUAUUUUACAUGCACUGCGUUUGGAGCCUCCAGGGCUAUUGUCUGGCUCCAAAACCGAAGAGAAGCCACUAUGGAGCGUUCCCGGCCAUCCACAACAGUUCGCCGUGAUGAUCCCGGCGAGUUCCGUGUUGGUCGGCUCAAGCACGAGCGUGUCAAGGUGCCUCGUGGAGAGAGUAUGAUGGAGUGGGCUGAGAGUGUGAUGCAGAUACAUGCUGACAGAAAGUCUGUACUGGAGGUGGAGUUCCAGGGGGAGGAGGGCACUGGUCUUGGACCCACCCUGGAGUUCUAUGCCCUUGUUGCUGCAGAGUUCCAGAGGACUUCCCUCGGUAUCUGGCUCUGUGACGACGACUUCCCAGAUGAUGAGUCACGUCAAGUGGAUCUGGGCGGAGGCUUAAAACCUCCCGGCUAUUAUGUGCAGCGUUCCUGCGGCCUUUUCCCUGCUCCCUUCCCUCAGGACAGUGAUGAACUGGAGCGUAUCACCAAGCUUUUCCUGUUCCUUGGCAUCUUUCUGGCCAAAUGCAUCCAGGACAACCGUCUCGUUGACCUGCCCAUAUCCCAGCCUUUCUUCAAACUGCUCUGUAUGGGUGACAUCAAAAGCAACAUGAGUAAGCUACUUUAUCAAAACCAUAUUGAGUCGGACUGCCACUUCUCUGAAAUCCAGUCUGAGGCUUCCACUGAGGAUGGUCAGGACACAUACUCAGUGGGUAGCUUUGAUGAAGACUCUAAGUCCGAGUUUAUCCUUGACCCACCCAAGCCCAAGCCACCAGCUUGGUAUCACGGCAUCUUGACGUGGGAGGACUUUGAACUAGUGAAUCCUCACAGAGCACGCUUCCUGAAAGAGCUGAAGGCGCUGUCUGUGAAGCGCAGGCAGAUCCUAGGCAAUAAGAGUCUGUCGGAGGAUGAGAAGAACACACGGCUACAGGAUCUCAUGCUAAAGAAUCCUAUGGGCUCUGGCCCUCCACUUAGUGUAGAAGAUCUUGGAUUAAAUUUCCAGUUCUGUCCAUCAUCCAAAGUACAUGGCUUCUCAUCGGUAGACUUGAAGCCCAAUGGAGAAGAUGAGAUGGUCACAAUGGACAAUGCUGAGGACUAUGUAGAGCUCAUGUUUGACUUCUGCAUGCACACAGGAAUCCAGAAGCAAAUGGAGGCCUUUAGAGAGGGCUUUAACAGAGUGUUCCCUAUGGAGAAACUCAGCUCAUUUAGUCAUAAAGAAGUGCAGAUGAUCUUGUGUGGCAACCAAUCUCCAUCCUGGACUUCUGAAGACAUUGUCAACUACACAGAACCUAAACUUGGUUAUACACGGGACAGUCCUGGUUUCCUGCGCUUUGUGCGAGUCCUGUGUGGAAUGUCAUCAGAUGAAAGGAAAGCGUUCCUCCAGUUCACUACAGGCUGCUCGACCCUGCCCCCUGGUGGACUGGCCAACCUCCAUCCACGUCUCACAAUAGUCCGAAAGGUUGAUGCAACAGAUGCCAGCUAUCCUUCAGUUAACACGUGUGUGCACUACUUGAAGUUGCCGGAAUAUUCUUCCGAAGAGAUCAUGAGAGAACGCCUCCUUGCUGCCACUAUGGAGAAGGGCUUCCACCUCAACUGAGCAUGCUCUCUCUACAUCAUUGACCAACUCCCAUACUGGUGAAGCCUGUUGUGUUUUGUUGCAGAAAAUAAAGCUGUGCUCUGAAAUCCCCCCCCCACCCCCCAAGCACCCGACAUGUACCCAAAUACACAGGAAAAACAGUCCCAUCGCAGCUCCACUAGCUCCUGAAACCAAUUAGGGUCUCCUACUAAACUGGCUGCUUCACAAGGCCUUUCCCAGGUCACUCUACUGCUUUAAGGGCUUGAGCCACUGGCAGCCAGGGUAGUCUCUCCUCACCUACUGUGUUUACUGUCAUUACUCCAGGUCCAGUGUAAAUUUUGGCAUAGAUCAUCUUUUUUCAGACUUAAACAUCACCACCUGCAGCUGCAGUGUCAGACCAUGGACACAAGCACACCUGCUUCUGUAGAGCUAACUAUAGAGUGUUUGGGCAUUUCCUUAACAGGUUUUAAGUUUUACUAGUGCCUGCAUUUGUUGAAAUAUUAGGAUUUUUUUUCUUUCAUUUGUUUUACUUGAUGUCUACAUACAAUCAUGCACAUGCUUUUUCUUUCUUUUUUGCCUCCGUUACUGUGUUGAGUAUGUUUUCAACUGUUCAUUUCCCUGCUAAAGGAUCAAAGUCCCUGAGUGCAUUUGUGUAAUUUUACAAUAAAGCUAUAGAUACAGAAACACUGGUUCUGUGUGCAAGGCA